AUGUCUCCCACACUGGCAACAGCAGGCAGCAACGCAUGUUCGCCCCUAUCCACGGCUGCUCUCGCAUUGAUUGCACGCCCAAAUCACUACUUCAUACACGAUGUCUGUCCUACUGCCCCAACAAACGACGCGCCAAUUGAAGUAGAGCUUGAAGCCUUGACUCAAGACUUAGUGCAACACGAGGAAGACUCGGACGACGUCAUCAGCCUGGAAAGCGGGUUCAGCGAGCUUCUAACUACCGAGGACGCGGACGUAGCAGAACUUCGGAAGCGCUGCAACGAAUUAGAGCAGGUCAAUGCACGCCUGUGCCAGGAGAAAGAUGAGCUUGUGGUGAAGAGAGAUGAGCUCGAGGGCAGGGUGGAGACGCUGGAAGAUCAACUGAGUCAGAAGCCUGUGGCAUCUUGCGAUUGCCGCGAGCACUGCGACGCGCUCAGUGCUCAGAACGCGGACCUCGUUCAAAAGCAAGAGUUGCUCGUGGCUGGGAUGGCUACGCUUAGGGGCGAGGUCGCUCAGGCGACCGAGCGCGCUGAGUUAGGAGAGUCAAACCUUGCUGGGUUCAGAGGUCGCUUACGCGAGCUCGCUAAUGACGUCCAACAUCUUUCCGAAAACAACGAAGCUCUCGUUGCUGCGAAGGAGAAGCUCGGAAGUCAGCUCGCGCUGGAGCGUGAUGCCUUCGGACAGCGUUGUGGCCAGCUGCAGGCUGAAAACGACAGGCUUGUCGUCGCCGAGAAGACGCUCAUAUCAGCCAACGAGCAGCUCUCAGCUCAGCUCAACGCAACUUCCCAGGCACUCGAACAGUCUCGCGAGCGCUCCUCUGCUUUGCAGUCUCAUAAUAACGACAUUGUUCGAGAGAGAGAUGCACUCACUUCUCGCAAUGCUGUGCUCGCCACCAACUUAUCGGAGCUCGCAGCAGAGCUGAAGAAGACAAAGAACAUGCUUGGGGAUUAUCAAGGGCGUUAUGCCGCUUUGAAGGAACACAGCAAAGGUUUGUCGGCAGAGAACCGCCGCGUCGCCCACGAGCUCGAUGUAGCCGACAAACGAAUUGCCAAGCUUUCGACCAAGAUGAAGACCAACGACGAUAACCAUGCAAAGCUUGUUGAUAAAUGGAGAGAUGCCUACAAUGGAUUGGCAUCCGAUAAAGACUCGCUCGCUGGUGAGGUCGCUCAACUCCAAAAAGACCUGGCGGAUCGCGACCGAAAGCUUGGAGACGCCCUAGUAUGGUCCUCCGACAUGCUAACGGAGAUCGGAGGCCUGAAGGAGCAGAGUACGAAGCUAGAGCGGGCGGUGCGAAUGUCUCGGCAGUCCUUGGAGCAGGGAACGCGAGAGGAUCGCUUGCGUGCUGGGCUGCAUGGUAACGUCACCCUCAGCCCGACGCGUGUCUAUCUGUUCGCUCGCUCACCCAUGUCCGCGAUUCUCAAGCUCGUUUAUCCUAGACAGCCCUCUCCCACCGCCCCCAUGGCCAGUGUACGAGACGAGGUAGAAGAAAUGCUACAUCAAGGGGCCUCAUUCGAGUCCGACGAAGACGUACACAGCGAGUCAGAUCUGAUCAGCCUAUCAAGCGGAUUCAGCAACAUUCUGUACGCGGAGGCGCGGAAACUAGAGGGUCUCAGAGAACGCUGUGCUCUGCUGGAGAAGACCAACGCGAUACUGGGUCGGGAGAAGGCUGCGCUUACAACAGAGAGAGAAGGGCUUCAGGGCAAAGUUGAGGCGCUGGAGGUGGAUGUACGAGAGUGGUCUCAGGCGAUUCGUGACUCUGGAGAACACUGUGACGCGCUCGAGGCACGGAACGCGGACUUCACGCGGAAACAGGAGCCGCUAGAAACUGGGGCGCAUACACUCCAUCAUGAACUCGGUCAGCUCGUGGACGACGCUAGUGCGCGGAGGUCGGAUCUUGGGCUCAGAGGGCGCUUGGGCAGGCUCAAGGGCGAGUGCCUGCGUCUAGGUCAGGAUAACGGAACGCUCCUAGCCGAGAAAAAGCGACUCGAGAAUCAACUUGCUCUUGAACGGGACGCCUUCGGCCAACGCUGCGAUACUCUACAUGCCGAAAACGUCAAGGUUGUUGAGACGAAGAAGGCGCUCGCAUCAGCCAACGUCUCUGUCACUCAGCUCACAGCCCAGCUCAACGAAAAGUCCGAGGUGCUCGAAAGGACUCGGCGACAGUGUACGACGUUGCGGUCUCAUAACACCGCGCUCAACUACGAACGGGACUCGCUUGCGUCUCAGGUGGACACUCUCAACGUCGACGUCUCGAAGCUUGCGGACAGCCUAGAGAAGAACGAAGCCGCGUAUCAGAGCUCUAAAGAACAUUGCGAAGCUCUCGCAGAUCGCAACAGGGUCCUGACGCAGGAGAAGGAUACGGUUACUUCGGAGCGAGACGCAUACAACCAGAGGAUCAACGGCCUCGUCGCGGAGAUGGAAACGAAGGCCAAGGAUCACGCAGAGCACAUCGAGAUUUGGAGACGUUCCCACAACACGUUGGAUUACAACAGGACCUCUCUCAGCGGGCAGGUCACGCAGCUCAGCAACGAUCUCGCUAACCGCAAUCGGGCGUACGGCGAGGCGAAGGAGAGAUGCGCGGACUUGGAGGCGAGGGUGGAAAGGUUGGAGACGAGGAAAAAGAGCUUGAAAGCCGAGCGCGAUUCUCUGCGGAACGCGAUACACCAGUCCCAACAAUCCUUGCCAUCGGGUCAGUUCGGAGGGAACACCUAUCAUUGGCCACAUCCGACGGUCGCGACGCCUUUCUGGGCGCAAGGGGCAUAUCGGUAGCGGCGUUGGAGUGGAUACUCCUGGAGAAGACGACGACGAGACACCUCGUAUAGCUGGGAUGAGUAGCUACGAGCACGCUGCGAACACUCUAUGUACUGC